ACCGUCGACGAGAUGAGGAGGCUCGAGAACGAGAAUCAGCGGCUUCAGCAACAAGUAGCCGGAGGCCUCGCGGCGAUUCCGCAGGCGAUCGAGCGCAUGGGCGAGCAGAUCCGAGGAGCUACGCACGCGGGAGGAGCCGCACCAGGUCUCGUCGACACGAAGGGGAUCGGCAAGCCCACGACGCUAGGCGACGAUCAGGAGAAGUUCGGAGCUUGGAACCGCAAGAUGGAGAACUACGUGAUAGGCGUGUACGGAGAGAGCUUCCGUCCUGUUCUCCGGUGGGCGGCAGAAGCCGAACGCCCCGUGACGAUCGAAGGGGCACAGGAGGCGCACGGAGGAGUACCAGAGCUGGUGACCAAGAUCAACCAGCUGUACGCGGCGCUGAUCAGCACGACGGCGGACGGCAGCGAGAGCAACGACCUCGUGACGGGCGCGCCAGACGGGAACGGUCUCGAGGCCUGGCGGAAACUUCACCGCAGGUGGGACCCGACGACAGGUCCGAGGAAGAGGCUGAUCCUGAGAUCGAUCAUCUCGCCUCCGAAGUGCAACGCGGAAGAGCUGGGGUCCGCCUUAGAGAAAUGGAUCCAGCAGAUAGGCAAGUACGAACGCCGCCAAGGAGAGGACGGACUGGCCGAGCUGCCGGAGGAUAUCAAGAUGGCGGCCCUCGAGAUGCUCGUGCCUCAGGACAUCGAGAACCACCUCGUACUCAACAAGCAUCGGCUCGUAACGUUCCAGGACAGUCUGAACGAGGUGAUGACGAUCGUGGAGGCUCGGACGGGCGUGAAGAUCAAGGAGCCAUCGAUCCGCGCACGGGCGCACCAUCCGGACGACAUGGACGUCGGAUCGCUCCCGCACAUCCCCGACGGGUUCGGGCCGUGGUUCCGGGCACACGGCACCCCGAAGCACCGGCGUGCGCUUCGACGGCUACUGUCGGAACUGCGAGAGAUGGGGCCACAAGGCAUCCGAAUGCUGGAGGAAAGAGCAGGGAUCGACGCUGGUGGUAAAGGUGGUGGCCGCGGCGGCAAGGCCGGCGGCAAGGCUGCAGGCAGCCUGGAGGAGGAGCCUGAAGCGGAGGUCGCCGCCCUGGAUAUGGGCAGCUUGGAUUGCCUGGAGCUCGCCGGCGGCAGCGGCCGCGGCGUAGCAGCGGACGACUGGAUGAAGUUCAACUGGGACAGCGGUGCAGCGGUCUCAGCAUUCCCUCGGAGCUUCGCGCCGCCGACGGGAUUGAAGGGCAACGGCAGCACGUAUCGCACGGCCAGUGGUGAGCUUGUCCCGGACGAGGGCAGCUUGCAGCUCAAGGCGGAGGAUGAGUACGGAGUGCUACGAGCGCUCAAGGGACGCGUGACGAACGUGCACAAGCCGUUGAUCUCGGUGGGGCAGGCAGCAGGAGCUGGACAGUGUUCAUUCCUAGGCCGCAAUGGCGGCUGGAUAUUCCACGAGAAGAGCCCAAUCGGCAAGCGUGUAGUAGGCAUGCUGGAGAAGGAGGCGAAGACGGCGAAGCACCAGAUGCUGCCGGUCUAUCGUGAGCAGGGCGUUUACAACUUCUACCUCAAGAAGGGCCAACAUGCAGCUGCGGCGGCUGACGCUUUGCCAGCUGCUCCUGAUGGACAGCAGGCCGACGAGGGCGAGGAGGAGGCUCGCCCGAGGGUGCUGAAGGCACCUCAUGAGCCCUCUCAGAAGGAGAUCGCCGAGCACGAGGCGAUGGGACACGCGACUUACCGCAGCUGGUGUCGCGUGUGUAUUGCGGCAAAGGGCCAAGGCCAGCCGCAUCUCCGCGCACCGGAGGACGACGAGACGGCGGUGCCGGUGGUCUCGUCCGAUUACGCCUUCAUGGGCCAGGACGACGCGGACACCAUGCCGAUGCUGGUCCUUCGGGAUCGACGUUCGAAGAUGAUGGCAGCGACAUUCGUGGAGAAGAAGGGCGACGACGCCUACGCCAUCAAGUUCUUCGCACGCUUCUUACGGAUCCUGGGCUACAGGAAGAUCGUCAACAAGUCCGACGGCGAGCCAGCGAUCCUGCUGGUCAAGAGGCGCGCGGUGGAGGAGGUUCCUGGCCUCGAGGCCAUUCCCCAGGAGUCGGCACCGGCCGACCAUCAGGCCAAUGGGGAGAUCGAGGUCACGGUGCGCGAGAUCAAGAAGCAGGUGCGAGCGCUCAAGAUGGACCUGGAGUCCAAGCUGGGCGUCAAGGUGGAGGACAAGCACCCAGUGCUAGCGCACCUGCCGGAGCACGCCGCAUCGGUGAUCAACCGAUACAGGCGCGGCCAGGACGGCAAGACCGCUCUUCAGCGGCUCACGGGACGGCAGUGGAGGAAGCCGGUCCCGCUCUUCGGCGAGCGCCUGAUGGUGCGGUUCGCCGGGGAGCGUACGAGGAAGAACGCGCUGGAGGAACAGAUGGUGGAGGCCCGCUACAUUGGCCACCACCCGCGCGACGGCUCGAUGAUGGUCAUCACGAGCGACGGCGUGAAGAAGGCGGUCGGCUUUCGCAGCCUGCCGCAGAGCGAGAAGUGGAUCACGGCGGGCUGGGACAGCCUGAAGGGCCUGCCGUGGGACGUGGCUCCGCGUGCGGCCAGUGCGCCGCGAGCCAUCGUCGGACCGGGAGAGGCCGGUCCGCCACCGAUUGUGGUGGUGCCGCCGCAGCCGCAGGCGCCGAGGAGGAUGUACGUUCUCAAGGCGGACGUCGAGCGGCUGGGCGCAACGCCGGGAUGCCCAGGGUGCGUCUCGAUCGCCAAGCACGGCAAGGUGCUGGCUGGCCAUGCGCACAACGCGGUGUGCAGCAAGAGAAUCUUCGAAGCGCUGGGCGCUGAGGAGGCAGGCCGGGAGAGGACCGGCCAGUAUCGAGAGCGGAGGCAGGGCCAAGAGGCCAGAGUCCGCCCGGCGGCAGCGGCCGCGGCAGGGACCCCUCCGCCGAAGACGGCUCGGAGGAUCACCGAGCCAGUGGCAGCGGCGGCGUCGGCGCCGGCCGCGAGCCGAUCAGCAGCAGCGCCAGCAGCAGCGGCGCGCAUGCGAGAGAGCCAGCCGGGAGCAUCAGGCUCCGGCGCGGCGGCUCCUUCAGGAGGAGCGAGCUCCAGUUCGGGAGCAGUGAGAGCGGCAGAGGCCGCCGAGGAUGUCGACAUGACCGCGACCAGGUCGCGGCUGAAGCGCUUGGUGGAGGUGGCCCCGGAUGACGUGCCGGAGGCCCUCGAGCGCGGUGAUCCACAGCCGGCAGACGUGCCGGUACCAGUGGACAUGGAGGACCUCGCGGCGCAGCCGGCGCCAGCGCUCGGAGUGCUGACGAGAGCGAAGGCGGAGUUGCUUCCGCUCGUUCGUGAACAGGUCAGCGGCCACUGGGCCAGUGUCGGCGUGGACAUCGCCGACGAGGAGGUGGACAGCAUCGCCUUAUCGGCGUUGCAGCUGGGCGCCGUGGACGUGGCAGAGGUGUACUCGCCGCAUCGGUUCUCGGCGCGAGCGGCGGAGUUCCAGCUGCGCCCGGGCUUCGCGGCGGACCUGGAGGAACUCAAGGAGGACGGGGCGCCGUGGGACUUGCGGCGACCCGAGGACAUCAAGGAGCUCGAGGAGCUGCAGGAGCGGAUGGAUCCCAUCCUGCUUACGGGGUCCCCUCCAUGCGAGAAGUUCAGCUUGCUGAGGGGCCUGAGCGCCAAGUUCAGGACCGAUGAGCAGGAGGCGGCUGAGAUGGAGGAGGCCAGACACCACCUGAAGGUGGCAGUCGACGCCUACUGGCGUCAGCUCAGGAAACCAGGCAGGUACUUCCUGCAUGAGCAUCCCUGGAGCGCGCGAUCGUGGGAUGAGGACAUCGUCAAGGAGCUGGUCGCGCAUCCAGGAGUCUUCACGGUCAAAGGCCCCAUGUGUCGGUGGGGCAUGAAGCUCACGAACCCACGCAGUGGCCAGGAGGAGUUCGUGCGCAAGGAGACCGGGUGGGUCACCAACCACCCAGGCUUGGCUCGGAGACUGCAGGGCACUUGCAGCAAUGUGGACGGACGCGCGGAGUGGCAUCGCCACAUCACGCUCGUGGGCGGCAUCGCGCGGUUCGCGAAGGUCUAUCCACCGAAGUUGGUGGAGGCGGUGCUGGAGGAGCUCAAGGACACGCUGAACGACGUGGGGGAGCUCAGCACCGCCCAGGUGCAGCAGUCGGGCCCAGUCCCGGUGGACGCGGCGGUGCCGCCCGGGGACUGGACGAGCUACUGGGACGACGUCAACGGCGGCUACCUGGAGGCAGGCCUUGUGGCCCAGGCUCGCGCGGUCGAGCGCGAGUGGGUCAAGAAGCAGGAGCUGAUCGAGAUCGUCCCGAGGUCUCAGGCUUUCGCUGAGACUGGGCGUCCGCCCAUCCCACUCAAGUGGGUCGACACGAACAAGGGCGACGCGGAGAGGCCCAACUACAGGAGCAGGCUCGUCGUGAAGGAGAUCAAGGCGAAGAAGCGUCCGGACGAGCAGCUGGAGGCGUCCGAGGUCUUCUCGGCAAUGCCUCCUCUGGAGGCCAUGCGGUCGCUGGUCUCGCUGAUGGUCACGUGGACGCGGGGCAGGAAGCCGGGCAACUUCAAUAUCGGCUUCUUCGACAUCAGCAGGGCGCACUUCUACGGGAAGGCGCAGCGAAGGAUCUUCGUGGAGCUGGAGGAGGAGAGUCGCAAGGAGUACGGCGAGGACAAGUGUGGCUUACUCCUCAAGUCCUGGUACGGCACGCAGGACGCCAGCAAGAUCUGGCAGGGCGACUACACGGAGCUGUUGGAGGAACGCGGCUACAAGGCGGGCAUGUCAUGCCCAGCGGUCUUCUACAAGGAGGUGGACGAGACAAGGCUGCUGGGGCACGGCGACGACUUCGCGGUGCUGGCUCAGCAGCAGGACAUCGACAGCUUCGAAGCCACGUUGGGCAAGAAGUACGAGUUCAAGAAGACUGCGAACCUCGGCUUCGACGAGGGCGAUGACAAGCAGGCGGUCUUCCUGAAUCGGGUCAUCGAAGUCAGUGCGGGAGUUCCGCCUGGCGGUGGCCGUCCCUGCCGGCAUGCGAUGAUUGAGCCGGACAAGCGGCACGCAGAGAUCGUGAUCGACGAGCUGGGUCUCAGCAAGGCCAACGGCGUGGACACGCCGAUGGAGAAGCGCAGCGCCGACAAGCAGAUGAUGGACGCGAAGUCAGCGGCGCUGGGAGCGGCGGAAGCUUCGCGCUUCCGAUCCCUCACCAUGAGGGUAGCCUACCUGUCUCAGGACAGGCUGGACUUGGCAGAGGCAUCGAAGACGCUCGCCAGGUCUAUGCAGACGCCGACGGAGGCGAGUUGGCUCAUGCUCAAGAGGGUUGGCCGCUACCUCAAGCGGCAUCCCAGUACGGUGACGGUCUUCACGGAGCAGAAGAUGUUCGACAAGAUCCGGGUGUACGUGGACUCCGAUCAUGCGGGCUGUGCAGUCACUCGGAAAAGUACGGGAGGCUUCGUGGCGAUGCUGGGGCAUCACGUCAUCAAGCACGGCAGCAAUUUGCAGUCGACGGUCUCUCUGAGCAGUGGGGAGAGCGAGUACUACGCCCUGGUCAAGGGCGGGAGCGUGGGCCUGGGUCUACACAGCCUCUUCGCAGACUGGGGGCUGGACCUGAAGGUGGAGCUCGCCUCAGACUCAUCGGCGGCCCGGGGCCACGUCCAACGGCGAGGUCUCGGGAAGAUGCGACAUGUUCAGUCACGAUACCUGUGGAUCCAGGAGCGUGUAGGCAAGGGCGACCUUUCGAUCGCCGCAGUUCCUGGUAAGAACAACGUCGCGGACGUGCUGACUAAGAGCGUGGGUGGAUCUCUCUUGAGGAGACAUAUGGCGACGCUCAACAUCUGGGAUCGGGCACCGAGUUCGACCCAGAAGGACAUCAAGUGA